AUGAAAAGAAAUUCUUAAUAAUAUAAAGACUUACAAAAUGACUAAAUACUUAAAAAAUCCAUUAGAAAAUCUCAAAAUUAAAAGAUCCAUCCUUAAAAAAAAUAAUCUAAACUUACUUAUUACAAUUACAAUGAAAAUAUAACAAUAAUCCGAAAUCCUAAGGACUUUCGCUAAUUUAGGGACGUACCUAUAUAUAUACCUUCUAUAGAAGAGUUCAAUUCCCCAUUUUCACUUAUAUCUAGUUUAUAUAAGUAAGGCUAUUAAUAGCAUGGGAUAGUUAAGAUUAUUCCUCCAUAUUAAUGGAAACCUGAAUAUUAAUUUUGUUAAAUAGAUUCUAAAUUCAAAACUAGGAUUUAGAGCUUAAAUAAACUUUCUAAAGGAGAAGUAUAAAUAUAUAUUUUUUUAUAUUUAUAUAGUUUUUUUAAUAUAUAGCCUUUUGUAUCCGGUGAUAAGGAAUAUAUGUAUAAUGAGUUUAAAGAACUUGCUAAUAAUUUUAAGUAGAAUUACUAAUACUAAACUUAAAAUGGACAUAACGAUUUGUUAAGAAAUAACGAAUUCGAAUAUUGGUCUAUUGUAGAAAAUCCUUCACAUUUCUAAAAUGUAAUAGUAGAAUAUGCUGCUGAUUUACCUUCUUAAAAAUACGGAAGUGCCUUUCCAAAAUAACCUACUUAAAAUGACCUUGUUAACUAUAGGCAUCCAUUCAAUUUAUAAAAUACCAAUUAUGAAAAAGACAGUCUUUUUUAAUUUUUAAAAAUAGUUCAAAACUGUUAAAUUAGUGGAAUUACCAAUCCUUGGGUUUAUUUAGGAAUGUUAUUUGCUUCUUUUUGCUUUCAUGUAGAAGAUAUAUAUAUGUAAUCUAUGAAUUAUUUACAUAUGGGAAGUCCAAAAACAUGGUAUGCAAUUCCUGGUCGAUAUAAAGAGGAAUUCGAAAAAAUCUAUUAAGAAAAAUACAAGGGAGUUUUUAUGAAAAACCCUAAUGUUUUGAAUAAUUUAAACCUUUAAUUAUGUCCUUUAGAAGGUUUAUUAAAUGACAUUCCUAUAUAUAGAGCUGACUAAAAAGAAGGGGAAUUUAUCUUUACUUUCCCAAAAGUGUACCAUGGGGGAUUUUCACAUGGUUUUAAUUGCGGAGAAGCUGUAAAUUUAGCCUCUGUUGAAUGGAUUUCGAGUUUCUAUGAAGCUAAAAAUGACAAUGCUAAAAAGGGUUUUUCUAAAAAGCUUUCCUUUUCUAUUGAAUGGCUUAUUGUUUAAAUUAUAGAAAAUUUAAAUAUUACUAGUUUUUCUUUAGAUGCACUUUUAUAAAUAUAUAAUAUAUGGGAGAAAAUUAAAAAUUCUGAAAUAGAAAAUAGGAUGAAUUUAAUAAAAUUGUAUGGAUAAAAUAUUGAAAUUUUAGAAUUUUUCAAUAAAAAUGCUAAAUAUGAUAGAUAUAGUUGUAAAACAUGUAGUUGCUAUUGUUAUCUUUCUUAUAUUUUUUGCUAAAAAUGCUUAAGUUAUGCUUGUUCUGAACAUAUGACAGCUUGCUCUUGCUUAAAUAACAAAAUUACUUUGUUCUUAAGAUUUAAUACAAAUGUA